CUCUCCCCGAAGGCCGCGGGCCCCGCCGCGCUCGGGGCCGGUUCGGGGCCGGGCACGGGAGCCCUGCAGGAGCGCGGCCAUGCCGCCCGGCCGCGGAGGCGGCAAGGCGGCCGUGGUGCUGCAGUGCGAGUGGCAGCGGUGCUCCUUCGCGGCCUCGGGGAUGGAGGAGUUCUGCGGGCACAUGGCGCAGCACCUGCGGCGGCACCUCCCUGGCGAGCCCCGCGGCCAGAUGGACCCUCUGGGUGAGGCGCUGCCAAAGGAGGCUCGGGGGGGGCCCUCUGUCUGUCUGUCUGUCCGUGUCCCAGAGGAAUACACGUGCCUGUGGCAGGACUGUGGCUUCUGCUCCCCGGAGAGCUCGGCCGACCUGGUGCGCCACGUCUACUUCCACUGCUACCACACCAAGCUGAAGCAGUGGGGGCUGCGGGCCCUGCAGGGCCAGGCGGACGUCAGCCACUGCCAGCUGGACCUGCAGAGCCGCAACAUCAUCCCCGAGAUCCAGGAGAACUUCCUGUGCCUCUGGGAGUACUGCGAGAGGUCGUUUGACAACCCCGAGUGGUUCUACCGGCACGUGGAGGAUCACAGCUUCUGCUCCGAGUACAAGGCGGCAGGGAAGGAGAACCACGUGCUGCUCUGUGGCUGGAAAGACUGCAACUGCAGCUUCAAGGGCCGCUGCAAACUGCGGGAGCACCUGCGCAGCCACACGCAGGAGAAGGUGGUGGCCUGUCCCACCUGUGGGGGGAUGUUUGCCAACAACACCAAGUUCUUCGACCACAUCCGCCGCCAGACCGCCCUGGACCAGCAGAGGUUCCAGUGCUCCCACUGCUCCAAGAGGUUUGCCACGGAGAGGCUGCUCCGUGACCACAUGAGGAACCACGUGAACCACUACAAGUGCCCCCUGUGUGACAUGACCUGCCCGCUGCCCUCCUCGCUGCGCAACCACAUCCGCUUCCGGCACAGCGAGGAGCGCCCCUUCAAGUGUGACUACUGUGACUACAGCUGCAAGAACCUCAUUGACCUGCGGAAGCACCUGGACACGCACAGCAAGGAGCCGGCGUAUCGCUGCGAGUUCGAGGCCUGCAGCUUCUCUGCACGGUCCCUCUGCUCCAUCAAACUGCACUACAGGAAGGUCCACGAGGGUGACUCCGAGCCCCGGUACAAGUGCCACGUGUGUGACAAGUGCUUCACACGGGGGAACAACCUCACUGUCCACCUCAGGAAGAAGCACCAGUUCAAAUGGCCCUCGGGACAUCCUCGCUUCAGGUACAGGGAGCACGAGGAUGGCUACAUGAGGCUGCAGCUGGUGCGCUACGAGAGCGUGGAGCUCACAGAGCAGCUGCUCAAGGACAGGGAGAAGCGUGGGGAGGCUCUGGAUGGCUCCAGCGAGUGCGUGGUGCUGCCUGAGGGCGAGGGCAACCUGCAGGGCAUCCUUCUGGAGCCUCCAGCAAACCCUGCCCCGGCAGAGAACAGCACAGCAGAGCUGCCCGUGCCCCCAGCCCUGUGCUCUGCUGCCAGCCCUGAGCCAGCACGGCCGAGCCCCUUCCCAGGAGCUGCCUCCUCCUCCUCCUCCUCAGAGCAAGGAGCCAGCAGCACCAGCAACCCCAUCAUCCGUGUGGUGAACAGGACCAACGAGCAGGGCCAGAGUGAGACUGUCUAUUACGUGAUGGCCAGCACGGCCUCGGAGCAGCAGGGCACAGCAGCCCAGGCCGUGGAGCAGGAGGAGAACGUCAUGGACAGGCUGCAGAAAACAGCUGAGGAGCUGGGCAUCCAGAUCCUGUGAGGGGCUGCCUCUCUGCAGGAGGAGAACUUCAGCCUCCUGGGGAUGUGCUGCUGGAGGAGUGCUUGGGGAGAGGGCUGGGCUUGUCUUCAGCCCAGCCUCGCUGGCUGCUGGUUCUGCUCAGCAGGUGAGAGGGGAGGGACAGAUGUCCCAGGAGUGAAUCAAGUGAUCUGAGCUGGAAAGAGCCUUCUGCCUCCUCCUUUUGGAGGCUGGGGCCUGUCAAGCUUGUCCCACCCUUCUGGGAGGUUUGGCCUCAGCCUGGCAGGGUGGAGUGGUCACCAGCUGUGCCCUUCUGAGCCUGUUCCCCAGGCAGGAUGGUGUGUGGGGCACACUCUGGUGCUGAAGCCUCUUCCCUGGGAACAUGUGUGGCCCUUGGCAGGCCUGUCCUGCCCCAUCCAUGCCUUCUCCAGAGGGUGUCAUGCCUUCAUCAGCACUUCCUGCACACAUUUCCUGUCUCACCUGCUGCUGGUGUUUGCCUCCCUGAUCCCAUAACAGCCCUGAUCUCUAUGAGGACAGUGCUGGAGCUGCUGUCGCUUGCAGGCCAGUGCAGCACUGGGACAUUGGGAGCUUCUUGCUGCUUUUGGCAUCCCCUGGGUGUCCUCCCCACAUUGGGGUUUGGGCUCCUGGCUGAGCAAAGUGUACUUUGGCAAGACAAAUAAACAUCAGGCUGCCAGGCCCA